AUGUCGGAUCCUCUCUCAAUCGCCGGCAGCAUCGCCGGCAUAGUCCAACUAUCUGCAGCUGUCUUUCAGCAGGUCUCAAAGUUCGUAAGAGAUGCCAAGGGUGCCGAGAAGACCGUAAAAGACCUCGCAGACCAGACAAGAAACCUCUCUGGCGUCUUGCAGAAUCUCGCCCUUCUCGCGUCAUCGCUAGAGCAGGAGACCACGACUUCGGCAUUCAAAGCACAUCAUCUCCACGCAUGCAGACAAACUCUCCUCGACAUUGAGAAACGUCUGAAGAAGCCUUUAUCCGGCUUCGACGACGGAAGUAGACGACAGGUGAUGUACCGCAGCUUGAAGUGGCCCUUCUCCGCCGAUGACACCAAGGGAUUGCUCAAGCAAAUCGAAGGCCAUCGAGACACCAUCUCUUUGGCUCUAUCCACAGACACCCUCGAGGGUAUGUUGAAGUGUCUGGAGAGACAAGACACCAUCAUCGGAAGCCUAGGGUCGCUGAGCCAGAAAGUGGAGCGCCUGACCGAAAUCCAAACUAGGAUCGGAGACACCAGCAAGCGACGUGAGAUCAUCGACUAUUUCUUGAAGGUGAACCCCCAAAGCAACUUGCAGACCUCGAAUCGAUUGCGCCAGCCCUUGACUGGGCUGUGGCUUACAGAGAGUGAUCCCUCCUUCUUGAAGUGGCUUGCGCUCCCGCACUCUGGUCUGUGGUUGAGCGGAAUUCCUGGGGCUGGAAAGACUAUCCUAUCUGGAGUGGUUAUCAACGAAAUUCUGCAAAAGAGCAGUGACUCGACCGCUGUAGCGUUCUUCUAUUGCGAUUACAAGAGCAGUGCCAGCCAGCAACUUGUCAAUAUACUCUGCGCGUUGGCUGCCCAAUUAGGUCAGCAGAACAACAGGGCAUUUGGUUUCCUGGAGUCGUAUCAUGGAAGACUAAAAUCGGCAAACGGUCUUGGCAGAGAGCCUGAAACACAAGAACUCCAAGAUUUGAUUUCCGACAUUAGCUCAACGCGACUGCAGAAACUGACUUCCCGGGAUCCGGAGUUUGCCGACGAGAUCCGGCACAAGCUCGUCAGUGGAGCUCAAGGAAUCGAAAUGAGUUUUGCCGAGAUGCGAGAGGCAGUCUCGUUUGUCUCUUCGCCCACCAAUGACUUCGGACCCGAUGACCUCAUUGACGAGGAUACAAUUCUUAGGAGAUGCAGUAGUCUGAUACGAAAAUCGAGACACAUGAGAUGCCCUUCGGUAGCUCUGAUAGAGCUGGCUCAUUUCACUGUCGAAGAAUAUCUGUUGGGCAUCGGCGAUGAUUCCGAUGUAAGCUUCUUCAAGUUUGACAGAUUCAAGGCAAAUGAGGAGCUUUCGACCGCUUCUUUGAAGCUGUUCGUCUCCAGAGCAGUGGAGACCAAGCUUGAUCCAUCCGCGGAUCUUAGCCUGAACAUGAAUCAUAUUCUAGAGCGCUUCAUCGGAAACUAUUUCUACUUAUAUUCGACCGCCCGGUUGUGCGAAGUCGAUGCAGUUGGUGUAGGCACUUUCGACGACGCCGAAAUUUGGUCACGUAUGCGGGACUCCGCCGACUUCGACAAAUUCACAUCCAUUUUUCAAUCCUCGAAUGGAAUGUCUCUUCUCGAACUAGCCAUCGGAGCGGGGCUUAGAGAGGUCAUUCCCGACAGCAGCCUUCUGAGACAUUACUUGGCGCUUUCACAAUCGUCUCCGGAAAUGGCAGAUCUCUUCCUUCAAUUCAACCCAUUGCAUUCGCAGGCUGACUCGGCUUUGAGAAGUCUCGGCAGCCAGAAGGCAGAUGUCGCCACCUCUAUCACUGUUGACCGGAACUGCUUGCCACCGCCAUCUGCAGCUGCGGUCAAGGCCGCGGUCGAGCUUGACGAUCUCGAGUUUUUGAAAGCCGCCGAGAACGGACUCUUGUGUGGCUCCUCUCACAGGGUGCAAGCUUAG